CGCAGCCCAGCCGAGCCUCGCGGGGCCGCCGCCAGCCCUGCCGGCCGUCUCCCCGAGCCUCCCUGGGGGCGCUGCGCUUGCCCCUCGCGGCCCGCAGACAGCUCCGCAGGAACUGGUGGGCGCACCGCGCUCCCCACCGCCGCCGCCGCCGCGCGCGUUCCAGGGCUCCCAAGGCCACGGGCAUGAUGCUUCGGGUCCUGCUGGGGGCUGUCCUCCCCGCCAUGCUGCUGGCCGCUCCGCCGCCCAUCAACAAGCUGGCCCUGUUCCCGGAUAAGAGUGCCUGGUGCGAGGCCAAGAACAUCACCCAGAUCGUGGGCCACAGCGGCUGUGAGGCCAAGUCCAUCCAGAACAGGGCAUGCCUGGGACAGUGCUUCAGCUACAGCGUCCCCAAUACUUUCCCGCAGUCCACAGAGUCCCUGGUGCACUGUGACUCCUGCAUGCCAGCCCAGUCCAUGUGGGAGAUCGUGACCUUGGAGUGCCCUGGCCACGAGGAGGUGCCCAGGGUGGACAAGCUGGUGGAAAAGAUCUUGCACUGCAGCUGCCAGGCCUGCGGCAAGGAGCCCAGUCACGAGGGGCUGAGCGUCUACGUGCAGGGCGAGGACACGCAGGGCUCCCCGCCCGGCCUCCACCCCCACCCCCACCCCGGGCAGACCCCCGAGCCCGAGGACCCCCCUGGGGCCCCCCACACCGAGGAAGAGGGGGCUGAGGACUGAGGCCCUCUGCUCUUCCUCCCCUCUCGUUCCCUGUGGCAUGCUGGGUCUCGUCCUCCCGGGGAAGGGUUGGGGGAGAGGCCGAAGCCCCCCUUUGGCACUGGAUGGACUUGGCUUCAGACUUGGACUUGGAAUGCUUCCCGGUUGCCAUGGAGAUCUGAAGUGGGAGGGGGGCCUGGCACCAAGCUGCACAAUUUAAUAUAUUCCAGAGUGGGGGGAAGAAGCAGAGGUCUUCAGGGUUCUUUUGCGUGGGGGGGUGGGUCUCUUCCUUUCUGCCUCCUAGAGAUGUGCCCUGGGGAGGGGGUGGAAGUUGGCUAAGCUGCUGCGUUGGGAGGAGGCUGUCCAAGAUGGCAGGAGCCAGGCCAAGGCCCGCACGGCCCCUGGUGGGGCCGGACCCUGGGGGUGCAGAUGGUGGCCCUGGGCCCUGAGCUGAGGGCAGGCACCUUGCCAGCCGCAACCCGGAGGGCAGACUCAGAAGACCAUUGGCAGAAGCAGGAAGCUCUAGCCCCACAGGCCUUCCACCCCGUUCCCCCUCCCCGGGGCAGCUUCUUCUGGUGGCGCUGAGGUGGCCCUCCCUCCGUGGCAUGGUUGGGAGUCAGGCCUGGGCAGGACCCUGCUGACUCAUGGCCCUGGAGCUGGGAGCCAGGCCGCCUGGCUUCCUUGUCUUUCCAGGGGGCAGAGGAGGUGAGGGAGGAGGAGUCCUGCUGGGCCGGCGGGAGGCGGUGACCCCCUGGACCAGACGCGCGUCCCUCCUUGCCCUCUCUCGGAUCUUUGUCUCCCGCUGCCCCCCCACGUCCCGCGCCCCUCCAAGCUGACGGAGCCGGCCUCACCCCCUUGGGAAGCUCUUUCUGAAUAUCUAACGGUGGGGAGAGGUCUCCCUGACCCAGAGGUUCCCAGGAGGGACCGGCUGGGAAGGACCCUGGCUGAGCCCCAAGAAACGAGGAAGAGGAGGGGCGCGGGCUCGUGGGUCGGCUCUCCAGCUGCCCCGUACCCACCUCCCUCCUCCCAGCUGCACUUUAGCCCCAGAGGGAGUGCGGGGCCCUGGGGUUGGGCGAGCGGGCAGGGAAGAAUGCCCUCCAGGACCCACAGCCGCCUGCGUCUGCCCUCUGUCCCCAGGGCUGCUGCCAGUCCCUCCUGCCCCCCAGGCCGAGGGGUGCCCACCCUCACGGCUGUUCUGACAAGAGCUUCUGGAGCUUGUAACCAGUAGAUUGUCUCACCCCCAAACCCUCAGUUUUCUCAUGAAUAAAUUCGUUCAACGCC